AAAGUACAACUCUUUCAUAUUACCUUUCCCUACCUUUCAUCUUUGAAUUUUAUACUCCAAUAAUUCUGGGUCUUUGGUGGAAGUUCACUAUUUCCGCUGACAAAACUUUUUAGUAAAGGGAUAUGAUGGGGUGGAAUUUUGAGCUCUGUUUGUCUUGUUUCAAUAAGGGAAAGAAAGAAGGCCAAUUUGAGGAAUAAAAGUUUUUCUUUUUCUUUUUAUUUAUUACUAUUGUUCUUAGCUUUUCUCUCUGUAUAAUCAAGAACCUAUGUCAGUUAAGACUUUAAUUGCGUACCUCUCACUUUUCUUUUAUUGUGGGUAGGAAUCUUUUUGUUUGCUUUUAGUCUAAGCAAGGCAAUAAAGUGUGUGAAGUGAACAGAAAACUUGGGAUCUUUUUGUUUGUUUGGCUUUGCUUGUGUACUGCGAAGUUUCGAGUGUUUGUUGUUCACGGUACUAUAUUUGUUUCCCAUACGUAUUUCCUAUUGCUUUAGCUUUAGGAUCAAAGGUUAACGCUAGUGGAAGAUUGGUAGAAAUGAGUAGUAGAUGUUGUUUAUGGAUUCAAUUUGAGGCUUGCCUCAGAAGGAAGCCUCUUUUUUCUUUGUGCUUGUAUAUUGGAGGUUAUUUUCAAGCUCUUACUGGUUUUAUGAUGGGAAAGCUGAAAGAGAAAUGCAGAGCCCUCUUCAGUAGCAGAGGUUGUUUUGGAUGUUGUACUAAGCCGCCACAUAUAAUAUCUGUGGAUGAGCCAUCCAAGGGGCUUAAAAUUCAAGGUCAUCGGGUAAAAAGACCCAGCAUAAAAGAGGAUUUUUGGAGUAGCAGCACAUAUGAAAUGGAGAAUAGUGCAUUUCCAUCGCAAAGAAGUGUUUCUUCAAUUAGCACUUCGAAUCUGACUCUUGACCAGCAGGGUACCAGCAGCAGCACUAGCAACCCUACUGAGUUUGUAAAUCAUGGACUUUUUCUUUGGAAUCAGACAAGGCAGCUGUGGAUUGGAGACAAGGAGUCCAAAAGACCCAAGCAACCUCAAGAGCCCAAAUUAGGGUGGAAUGCAACUUACGAGAGUCUGCUUGGUACCAAUAAACCUUUUCCUCAGCCCAUCCCUCUACCAGAAGUGGUAGAUUUUCUUGUUGAUAUUUGGGAGCAGGAGGGACUGUACGAUUGAGUUGUCAUUAGAUGAGAUACAUUUGUCGACUCUCAUUAUUCCUUUGUUAUUGUAACUUGCAUGAAAUUUUACCAAAGAUGUCCAAAUGUUUACACCGACAUAUGGAGCAACCAAGUUGGUGUGCUCUCUGUCCUUGCUGAUAGUGAUGAUUGAUGGUAUUCAGUCAUGCAGCAAAUGGUCUUCCUUUGUUAUUGUUGCUCCUUGCUGCAUCAGGACCUUGUUGCUAGUCAAUUAUUGGGAACAUUCUCCACUAAGUGCCCACGUCUGCUUUGCAAGCUCUCUUUAAGAGGAUUUAUGCGAAGCAGAUUCCUGCUCCACAGCUGUUCAAGAAUCCCAAAAGUUUGAUCUGGACUACCUUUCCUAAUGCUACCGGACAAUUAGUUUCCCGGGGUACACUGCACAUCUUUUUCCUAUUGCAAAAUAUCUAGCUUCUGAUGAAACUACAACAGCUAGAUGGUUCAAUGCACAAACACAAACAAGUAAAAGGGGUAUGGAACCUAUCCCUAUCUCUUUUUUUUUCCUCCUCAAAAAUCAAUUCAAACAUCAAAAAUCUUAUCUUUG